AAAUUAUGCUUUGAUUCAGAUUUGCAUAUAAAGUAGUAAAAGCUUGAUUGUAACUGUAUUCCUGUAGUACAUACUUUAGGUAUUGGGGAACAACAGCUCUAAUUCUGUGAAACAUUGAAUACGAAUACAAAAUAUAGGUCUAUAGCAGCUGUAUAUACAAUAUGUAGACUGGACCUGAGUGUUUUAUCUUGUUCAUUAACUCUUCUUUUUUAUGGAUUACUGAAUUGCUGAAUUAUUAACUUUCCAAGACACAGCAACGUCCAUAACCGGAAAGUAAAUACAGCCUUAAGCUCUCCGAAAGACACUUUCUUGAACUGACUAAGGAGCAGAGAGCUGGGAGGAAAUGGAGUCCAAUGAGGCCAGUGUUCAGUACAACCGCUGGAAUGAAGACAACAUGAACAUGCAAGCGCCGCAUUCACAAACCAGACUGAUCGAUCUCUAUAACAGACUGUGCACCGGACGACUUGGCAUUGCAAUGAAAACGGCACUGUCUUUGACAUUGAUGGUAGUUGUAUACAUUGUUGGAUACAUCACAGGAUACUACGUUCACCAAUGCUGAAGAGGACACACUGAUUCACGUAUUGAUGGAUCUAGCUAUUUAAGGAACUGGCUGUUAUUGAAACAUGAAUUGUGUCCAUCAAAGAAGUGUAAACAUGUGUGUUUAAAAUAUGUUUUUAAAUAAAUGACCUUAUUUGAACAUCGUAUCUUAACCUGUGUUAACAAAUACUCAAAUCAAAAAGCUAAAAGCCUAUAAUUCGCUGUUAGACCAAGAAUAAAAUAACGUUAUCAGUAAACACUUUACAACGAGGUUUAAUUUUUGAUUAAUGUAUUAUCAUGAACUAACAAGGAAC